AUGAAGAUUAGCCACACUGCAGCCGUGUGCCAUUAUCGCUUUGAUAAAAACUGGACAACUCCAAAACCAGGUAACAAUCGUGCCUUUCUUACUGAGAUUGACUGUGACUGUGAUCCUCAAGCCUAUACAACCACUAUGAUUCAAGACUUUGGAGACAACAGCUCCUGGUACUUCGACUCAGGAGCCACUACACAUGUCACCUUUGAUUCAGGCAAUCUUGAUGAGUCCAAACCCUUCUCUGGCCCUGAGACACUUGCCAUAGGUGAUGGACAAGACAAUAGGGUCAGUGCUGCUCAAAGGGAAAGCUAGGGAUGGCCUCUACCUUCUUGAUGAUUCUUCAAGUCACACAAGCUAUUCACUGCAAUGUCAUCUUGUUACCUCUGAGUCUUUUUCUACUGAUUGUUCAUAUAAUAAAGAUUGUAAUUGAAAUCAACAGUGUGUUAGUACACACCAAUCUUGUAACACACAUUCAAUCAAUAAAAAUUCUAUUUCCUCUCCCUAUGA